UACAUCGAGAUCGGAAUUCAACAUAUGACGUCAACAGAUUUGUUUACAAAUGGCGGACGUAAAUAGAUAAAAUCUAAACAGAUACUUGAAAGAGAAAAACAACUAUUAGGUGGCAAAUCCUGCUGGUCAGGGUUUUGACGGGCUUUAUUGACAAAUGCCAUGGCGUCCAAAGUGAAGGAGAAAAUAAAGAAAAAAUCGCCAAAAGUAGUGAACCAAGCAGAGGAUGAGAGACCCUCCAGUGCUCACAGUCAGAUAAGUGUUAAAGAAGCAGCAUCUGUUGUGGACAACACCGAAAAGUUCACAAAGGAUGAGAGCAAACAAGAGAAAGAAAACAAGAAUACACAGGAUAAAAGUUCUGUAGAGAAAUCUGAAGAUACUAAUAUCAAAAGAGAUGAAAAGAAAAGGGAGAAAGAAGAAAGGAAGAAGGACGGGAAAGCUAAGAAAUCCAAGAAUCUGAAGUCCUCUAAAGAGGAGAGUACACCUAGCGCAGAUCCUGUCCCUGACAAAAAGAGGUCCCCCUCCCCAUUUGGCAGAAAUGUGGUGGAACCAACACAGGGGUCCAACAUGGGAAGUCUGGCCUCCAUCAAGUCCCAUUCUACUAUCAGAGAGGCUUGGACAGAUAGAAGUUCCAUGUCUGAGCUUAACUCUGCUCCACCUUCUGUAAAUAGUAGCAUCAUCAGCGUUAGAGAGGCCGCCCGUGAGAAUCGCGCUUAUCUGGCUAACCAACAAGCAGAGGUAACAUCGGAUAGUUCUGAUGAGGAAGUAGAGGAGACGGAGGAAGUUAAGAAUGCAUACAUUCCUUACCUCUAUGCAAAGAAGAGCAUCACCAAAGUUAUCAAGGACAUGAAGAAAAUGAGGUCAAAUCACAUCCGCAUUGUCACGGACAUACAGAAAGAAUAUAAAAGUAUCGAGGAUGAAACACAGAGCCAGUUUAACAUAUUUGUCAUCAACCUGCGUGAGCAAUACAAAGGAAAAGUAGCCACGUUUCGCCAAGUGAUUGACAUCCACAGAACUGAGCUCCAAUCCAAGGAAUCCUACUGGAAUGAAAUGCUAGAGAGUCUUGCUGAAAGGAACAGGCGUUUAUUGAAAGAUAAGAAAGUCUUACUGAUACAAAAUAAAGUGGAAAUUGAGAGACUGGAAAAAGAAAAGGUUGAGAUUCAAACGGAGUUGUCCCAGAAGUUAGAUAAAGCAACUGUAGCCUUAGCAGCAGUUGAAAAGGAAAAAACAGAGGAAAAGAACAAAGAGGCAGAUUUAGAGAAUGAAAUCAAGAAACUUAAGGAAGACCUGGAGAAAGAGAAGUCAGCAGUCACACAACUGGAACAUGAGCUGGCGGAGGAGAGAAAACUCCGUGCGGCAGCUGGGGUAGCUGUGGUGGCAUCCUCUGUGGCAGGAGAGCAGCAGGUGGAGACCAAGAAGACAGAACUGAAGAAAGAGACCCCAGUUACAAUGGCAGUCCCAGUAUCUGCUGAGGAGAAAGAGAAAAUGUCCACAGAGAGGAGUGAACUGGAGGAGGAAAGACAGAGGAUUAUAGAGGAAAGAAACCAAAUGGAGGAGGAAAGGAGGAAUUAUGGAGGAGAGAAGAAGGAAUGGAUGGAUCAGAUCAACAAACUACAGCAAGAUAUAACACUCCUUACAAAGGAAAGCUCUGAGUGGAAAAUUAAAUAUGAGGUGAUGAAGCAGCAAGCGGAGAAAUCAGCUGCUGUUCAGGAGAAAUAUGCUGCAUUAGAGGCCCAAUACCAAGCCCUGGCAGCAAUUGUCACUGCCUCAGAAGGCACAGAAGCCAUUGCCAAGGAGAACAAGAAGAAGGUGGAAGAUGACCGAGCGAUGAUGACGGAGGAGAAGGCAGGGCUGGACAAAGAGAUCAAACAAUGGGAGGCUCAGUUCAAAAAGAAAAAUGGCCGACAACCAACAGAGGAGGACAAGACUGACUCUGUAAAGGAGAUGUACGUACAGCAAGAGGAACUCGACACAAUGGUGAACUCUCUAGACAAAAAACUGGAAACUUAUCAAAAACUGGAGAGUGGAGCUGUUCUGGAACCCCCUGAAGUCAUCCCGACCCCCAUCAAAGAGCCAGAGAUUCAAACAGUAGAGGUCAAAGUACCUGACCCAAUGGUGAUGGCUCAGUUAGAAAAGGAACAGGCAGAAGUGGAAAAUCUCAGGGCCAAGAUUGCUGAACUCCAAAAAGAAAACACAGAAAAAAGCAGUCAAAUAAGUCAACAGAAUGAGGAACUCUCCAGGCUUAGAGAUAAAAUCAGUCAACUUGAGGCUGCCUUGAAAGCUGGAACUGUUGCCGUGGCAGCCACAUCCAUCAACUCAGAGGAGGUUGAUGCCUUGAAAAAAGAAAACAAAGAUAUGAAAAAAGACAUGAAAAAGCUACUAAAAAGAUUGGAGAAAGAAGAAGAAAAAGCUAAAGCAGUUAAUGUUGAUCCUGAUACCCGUGUGCAGACUUUGGAAGAGAAAGUUAACUCCCUUGAUGAGAAGAUAACUGACAUAGAAAGUGAAAACGAGACUCUGAAGGAGCAGAAAUUGAGGACAGAGACUGAAAAAGAGGCUCUUUUACAACAGAUUCAGGUACUGCAACAGCAAGUUGUUACACCAGGAGUGACAGCAGCAGUGGCUGUUACCGCUUCCACCCCUGUAAAAUCAGAGCCUGUUGAUGGAUGCAAUGUUCCUGCUCAUGCGGACUUAAUUCAGCAACUGGAGGACAAGAAAAUGGAAAUCAAGGAGUUGGAACGGCAGUUGCAGGAGAAGGACACACAGAUUCAGGAGAAGAUCCUGACCAUCCAGGAUCUGGAGAAGGAAUUGGACAAACUUAGAUCGGAUAAUAAGGAAAUGAGAACAGAUAUGUUGAAGAUGGCUAAACAGCAUACAAAGCUCCAACAUAAACUAAAAGAUCUGGUGGAUUUUGAGAAAACAAAGAAGUUACUUGAAGCAAUGGCUUUCUAUGUACAUGAGAUUCAUGGAGAGGUGCCCGCAGCAGCGGAGGGUGUGACUAAUCGCCUGGAAGUUGUUUCUUCUGAGGCUCUCAAAUUUAAAGAGAGUCAGGAAAAGAGUAUCAAGGCUGUGGAGGCAUGGGUGGCCAAGUUUACCAAGAAAAAUGGGAGGGAACCAGGUGUCAGAGACAGAGAUUCUGAUGGAGAGAGGGCUUACAAAGUGUUGGAGGAGAAUGGCAAACUUUUAGAGGAUAAGAAGAUAAUGCUUGAGGCCCUACAGAUCAUGAAAACAGGAGAUUACAAGGCCCCGGAGUCCAGGGUCAGCAUGGAAGCUGUGUCAGAGGAGUCACCAGUGGAGAAGAUGGAACAGCAGAUGACAGCAAUGGAUGACAAACUGACAGAUCUGGAGACUGACAAUGACAACCUCAGAAGGGAGAGAAAUGACGCUGUAGCUAAACUAAAGGACUUGGAGCUACAAUUAGAACAGGCUAAGAAUGAUCUACAGCUUCAGACUACUUUGGCAUCUGGUCUUCAAGAUUCCCAGGAAUUGUCAGAGCAGAUAACAGACCUACAGAAGCAGCUGAAUGCCUCAGAAUCAUCCUUAUUACAGGAGAGGACCGCUCACACCAGUACACGAGAGGAGCUGGAGAACCUCAGGAAACAGAUGGAGGUGCUGAGGGAGGAGGUAGACACAGAGAAGGCGGACCUGAGGGCCCAGCGGGAGAGUGACAAGAGGACCAAGGACGCAGAGAACAAGGCACAGCUGGAGGAGAUCAAUGCUUUGAAGUCCAGAAAUGAACAGCUUGAGAUGGAGAGGCUAGCCAAUGUUCCUGUGGACACAGCUAAAGAAAUCAAGGAUCUGCAGGCCAAAAUUGCUGCAUUGGAAAAGGAGAAAUCGGGAGCUGGAACAGCCAAUGCCACAUUACAAGCUCAGAUUGGUGAGCUGAAAACCAAGCUAGAGGGAGCUCAGAAGAACACCGAGGCACAGCGAGCUGCUAACAGAGAGCUGGAAGCUAAAAACAAGUCAGCUAAAGCAGACAAGGACAAAGCCAUUAAGGAGGUAACCCAACAGAUAGAGAAGAGAGAGCAACAAAGAGCUAACGAGGACAAGAAGAGAAUAGCCGCACUGGAGAAAAAGAUCCGAGACCUAGAGGCAGGGGGAGUUAAACCUGUAGCUGCUGCUGUGGCUGGGGGUAAGGCUGGGUCAGACGCAGGAGACAAAGUCCUGAAGGAGCAGCUGGCCAACCUCAAGAGAGAGAACAACGAACUGAACACCAAAAUCAAACAACUGGAUGCGGAGAUCAAGAGAGGGGCCAGACAGGCCACAACAAUGGGCAACGAGGAUAAAAAUGAUUUGAAGAGGAAGGAGAAGAUUCUGAAAGAACUCGAGAAAAAGUAUGAAAUUGAGAAAAAUAAAACUUCCAAGCUUGGAGAAAAUCUUAAGACCACAGAGGAGGAGCUCAAAGUCACCAAAAAGGAAAGAGAUGAGAAGGAGAACGAGUUGAAGAAGGUUACAGCAGAGUUGUCUGCCCUUGGUGUGGCGGCAAAGCAGGGAAUGGAGGCAGCCACUAAAGUCAAGACGCUGGAGACUGAUAACAAGAAAUUAAUGGAGGAAAACAAAGUCCUGACAGAGAACUAUAACUCAGAGAGGGUUUUGAGAAAGAAAUAUUACAAUAUGGUAGAGGACAUGAAAGGAAAGAUCCGAGUGUACUGUAGAGCCCGGCCAUUGAGCUCAGGAGAAACUGAGAGGGGUAACUUUUCUGUAGUCAAGUCCCCUGACGAAUACACCAUUAAUGUAGAGUCCAGCAGAGGCACAAAAGAGUUCCAGUUUGAUUCGAUUUUCAUGGAAGAUUCAACUCAGGAAAAGAUUUUUGAUGACACAAAUAACCUGAUUCAGUCUGCUAUGGAUGGUUACAAUGUCUGUAUCUUCGCCUACGGUCAGACAGGAAGUGGGAAGACUUUCACAAUGAUCGGAGACAAAGAACAAAAAUUCCCAGGAAUAGCUCCCAGGGCUUUUGAAAGAAUAUUUUCUUUAGCUCAUGAAGUGAGAAACAAAUUCCAUGUGAAGGUUUCUUCCUAUAUGAUGGAGCUGUACAAUGACAAACUGAUUGACUUGUAUGCUAAGCCAGGAACUUCUGAUGACGAUAGGAUGGAUAUAAAGAAAGAUAAGAAGGGCCUGGUGUACGUACAGGGGGCUGUCAUUAAGGAGGCCACAAAUGCCAAGGAGCUCUUUGGUUUAUUUGAGGAGGGAAGCAAGAACAGACAUGUUGCCUCCACUAAAAUGAAUGCAGAGAGUUCUCGUUCCCAUCUGAUCAUUGGUAUUACCAUAGAAACAACAAACAGAACAACUGGACAAGUCCUAACAGGAAAACUGAGUUUGGUAGAUUUGGCAGGAAGUGAGAGAGUGGCCAAGACAGGAGCAACAGCUGAACAGUUAAAGGAAGCUAUGUCCAUCAACAAGUCUUUGUCGGCCCUGGGUGAUGUGAUUUCAGCUUUGAGUAGUGACCAGCAGUUCAUUCCGUACCGUAACCACAAACUUACCAUGCUGAUGCAGGACUCACUUGGAGGAAAUGCCAAAACGCUUAUGUUUGUUAAUAUCUCCCCCGCGGACUACAAUCAAGACGAAACCAUCAUCUCACUCAUGUAUGCAUCGAGAGUGAAGUUAAUUACCAAUGAUGCUUCCAAAAAUGCAGAAAACAAAGAAAUCAACAGACUCAAAAAUAUUAUUGCCAAGUUGAAGAAAGGAGAAACUGUUAAUGAAGAUGACGAGUAAAGAGGAAAUUCUGGAGUUAUUUGAAAUAUUUAGCAUUAAUUUUUAGUUGUUCACAAUUAACAUUUGUCCAGUUAUUCAACUUACAGACAGUAACAAACAAAUAGGAAAUCUAAGGUUUUCAUAGAUAAUUUUUAAUUGAUUCCGUCCUUUAUCCAUUUUGAAAUGCUAGUAUUGACACUGUGACGCUGUGAUAUCUAAUUUUUUUUUUGGAAAGGGGGGAGGGUGAAUUGUACUCGGCAUGUUUUUGUGAUUUGUCACUUUAUUAUAUUUCUCGUUUUUGUAAAUCUGUUUUAUUUAUGUAAUGAACAUUUCUGUUUUAUUGGUAGUUUACUUGUAUACUUUUUAAUACUUAUAACUUUGUUUUAUACACAUUUAACCAUUCCGUCCUGAAAGGCUGGCCCUUUGUCAUAUUCUUCAUGAUUUUUUUGUAUUUAGACAUGCCUGUGAUAUAUUUAUUUAAUUAAGUUAUAAUUCAACUAAUCACUUCUCUGCAAGUGGUGAAAUUGUAAUCUUAUUGUAAUUUUUAAUGUAUGCCUUUUCUCUUCAAAUCCAAUCUAAUGUGCAAUGACUUUUACAA